UAUUCAGUAGUCUGAUUGUCGCCUCCACUUCUUGGUGUUUUUCUCUAGAGCAAGCAAGAAGAUGAUGAAGGGUUGUUUGGUCCUGUUGCUGAUGAUGCUAUGCGUGUUCGCGCACGCAGCGCAAGUGUCAGAUGGCUGCCCGUACGAAGAAGAAACUUUAACAGUGGGUGAACACAUUCGCAAGUGCUUACGAGUCACUUGUCACGCGGAUGGUUCAAUAUCAAUGUUGGGAUGUGCUUUAUACCGAUGUCAGGAGGGAAAGCAAAUCGGUUAUCGCGAGACGGAUUUGAGUAAGCCUUAUCCAGAGUGUUGCGAAGGACCUAUUUGUAAGGAAUAAGAGAUCUAAAAAAUUUCUGAUGGGAUAUUUCUAUAUUGAUAAGAGUAUUUCCGUGAAAUAAAAAUAUCGUUCUCUGAAUUUAAUGAGACGGCGCAA